UUGAUAGUUUCGGAAGUUGAAUUACUUCAAUGUCAAGAAUAUGUCAUACUAUUUUUAGUCGCGUUGACAAUUAAAGAUGGAAAAUAUCCACCCCUUUGUAAUACUCUCAUUCCUAGCAACGAUACCCGCACUCAUUGAAGGAGCUUUCUGCCACGAAAAUUGGAUCAGUUAUGAGUCUAAGUGCUACAGACCAAUAAACAUUCGUAAGAAUUACUACACAGCCGAUUUAUUUUGCAUGAUAACAGGAAAUCAAUUAGCUUCGAUAUCAUCCAUUGAAGUGCUGGAAGUUCUCACUUCGAAUAUAGUUAAAGAUAGAGAUACUGAUUUCUGGGUCGGCUUGGAAAUUUCUCAAUUGGAAGGCAAAUCCAUUUGGAAAGAUGGAACGAAUGCAGCUAAUCAAAGUUGGAUUUCUUCCGAUUUGAUGGCAACAGCAUAUCCUCCUCAAUGUUCACUCUUCGAUACAACGAAUAACUUGGUGAUUAGUAAGAAAUGUGAUAUUGUACAUAGUUUUAUUUGUGAAACUAACAAAACGAUGUUUAAUCCUAUUGAACAUUGCAAAGAAGGACUGACACAGUGAUGGACUAAAUGCUUUUUAUGAGCAUAAAGUGAUGACAAAUGAUGGUCUUAAGUAUUGGACAUAUUUGACUUGGAAUGGAAGUCACGUUCUCUGGGAAACUGGAGAAGUUCUUCAACAUCAUAUUCCCUUCAUAGAAGGCACAGGAAGCUGUGUUACAGUAGCAUUUAAUUUUACAGGUUCAAAUCUAGAAAUUAAUCUAUUUCAAACCGAAUGUAACAGUCAAGCUCACAUCUUAUGCAGUGCAAAUCCCUCUUUAAUGUCUACAACGAGUGCGGUAACAGUUGCACCACGAAAUAUUUAUUGCCCUCAAGGACAUAACUGGAAAUCAUCAUCAGUAACUGGAGCAUGUUAUUGGGAAACUUCGUAUGAAACAAGUCGACUGUCAUGGGACGAUGCAAGAAGUUACUGUCAAGGUUACGGUGGUGAUUUGGCCAGUUUUCACAGUAUAGAAGAAGAAAAAAUUGGUCUCAGCUUCCAGUAUGGAAGUCUAGCGCACCCGUAUUGGAUUGGACUAAGGCUUGAUUUAGCUACAGGAUCGUACAAAUGGAGUGAUGGUUCUCCAUUAGACUAUGAAAACUGGGCACCAAAUCAUCCGGAUCAUAAAGACAAACGCCUACAGUGUGUGUCUAUGGAUGCUAAGUCUAAGCAUUGGACAUCAAGUCUGUGCGGCAUCGUCAGUUGGUUCGUGUGCAAGUCUCCAAAGCGAGCUGAGCCUUAUGCUGCUAUCAUUCCUACUCGGCCACCAAUGGUUAAAUGUGAAGGAGGGAGGACAAAUGCAUAUUACUAUCAAGGAUACUGUUAUACUAUUGGGAUCGUUCGACACAGUUGGCAUCGUGCCAAGAGGUACUGUGAAGACAUUGGGUACAAACUUUUGUCUAUUCACAGUGACUCUGAAAUCGGAUUUCUACUGAGAAUGCUUUACGAUAAUAAGGAUACCAGUGGGAAUCGAGUGUGGAUUGGUUUGAAUUCUCUCAGUAGGGGUAUUUUUAGAUGGUCGGAUGGAAGCCCAAUAGAUUUCACUUAUUGGAACGAAAACGAACCUAAUAACUACCAAAAUCAAGAAAAGUGCUGCAAUAUGUAUGUAGGAAAUGGUUUAUGGAAUGACGAAAAUUGCAACACUGAAAUGAAUUUUAUAUGCAAACAAAACAAAGAUGCUCCAGAUGUGGAUGACAAACUGACAACAAUAGAUCCCCUUAUAGGAAACUGCAAAAAAGGGUGGCUCCCUUAUCAUGAUCGUUGCUAUUUACUGAGAGGCUCAGUUGCGAAAGAUAGAUUAAAUUGGACAGAUGCUUCCGAAUAUUGCACUAAGCUUGGCGGAUACAUAACAUCCAUUCGAAACUCAAAAGAACAAGCCUAUCUUGCAUUUUUAAUGCAAAAUGCGAAGUCAGAUACUUGGAUCGGUUUUCAUGACACAAUCGAAUCUGGAAAGUAUUAUUGGAUGGACAAUUCUGACAUCUCCUAUACUAACUGGGAUAGUGGUGAACCCUCCUUCUUUGGAAUACAAGAAGAUUGUGUGAAAAUGAAAUAUAACUCUGCAACAAGCGGUGUUUGGGAAGAUGAUGUUUGCAGUAAAAAACUGCCGUUUAUAUGCCAAAUGGAAAAAGAUAAAAAACUUCCAGUACCACCUUACAACCAUGAUAUUCAAUGCAUUCAUCCUCAAGGCUGGCUUAGACAAGGCGUUAUGUGUUACAAAAUGUAUGGAGGUAACACUAUGACUUGGGAUCAAGCAGAGACUGCUUGCAAAAGGGACGGAGCUGAACUUAUCUCCAUAACAGGAACUGAAAUCAUGGCAGUCGCUAAUUUUCUAGGAACAGAGGUUAAUCAAUCAUAUUGGAUAGGUCUUCGAAAUAGUGAGGAAAAUAAAUUGUCAUGGGUGAACAAAUGGCCGAUUACUUUGACCAAAUGGGGUAAAAACGAACCGAAAUCGUACGAUGAAAAGCUGUGCUACUCAAGUACACCUGAUGGAUACUGGGAAAGAACUCCAUGUGAUCAAGAACUGCCAUACAUUUGUCAAAUAACUACAGGUAAGCCACCACCUAUAAAAAAAUACGCUGGAGAUUGCAUCAAGACUUCUAGUGAUUGGGUACCUACUUCUGGCAGCUAUUGUCUCCUUCCAGUAAAAACACUUAAAGAUUGGUAUUCUGCAUUCCUUUACUGCUUUUCAUAUGGUAGCUACUUACCUAGUAUACACUCACUAGAGGAUUCAAAGAAAUUAAAGGAAGCAUUUGAUCCUGAAGUAAAUACCGUAUUUCUUGGCCUGAGUAAGAACGAGAAAGGUGGUUUCAUAUGGUCUGAUGGGUCACCUGUUGAUUAUGUUAACUGGGAUGUUGAAGAACCAGUGGUUGAUAAUGAAGAUAGAUGUGCUCAAAUGGAUAUGGAAACCUUAAAGUGGAGAACAGUUUCAUGUCUUGUGACGCGUCUAACUGCUUGCCAAAUUAGGAAAGAUUCAUCAAGUGGCUUAUCAACUGCAGCCAUCGCUGGAAUCUUUGUGGUUGCAUUUCUGGUCAUCGGCCUAAUUGUCGGGGCUUAUUUUGCUAGAAACUCUUUUGGGAAAAAUAGAUUUCGUAUUCCUUUUCGGUUGGUUCAGAGUGUAAGUUUUGAUAACGCCCUAUACAAUGUGGAUUCGACAAGUGUAGAAUUUAACGACGACAGAAGAUAGAUUAACGAAUAGCGUUUUGUAUCGUGUCAUAUUAUUUAUUCAUUGUGAAAUAAAAUUUGUUUCAUUGUAUGUGAAA